ACUAUAGCAACGGGAUUUCCCGUCUGCUGGCGUAUGUCGCAAGCAAGGCCGGCUGAAUUAGAAAUUUACCACUCGCCUGUUACGAUCAGUAGAAACCGAAUCUUGGUUAUGCGGUCAUCCCGGAAAACUGAAAUUUCCGAAAAACUUUUUUCGGUGUUGCCAUGAUCUACCAGCGAGCGUUAAAAAAGAGAAAAUGGUACGUUUUUCUCGAAAAGACCCGCGCGAUACCAGAGAGACGGAACGGCUUGUAGUUGAUAGUCCCGAAAUGAAUUUAAACCAUAAUAAUAAACAAAUUGACAAUGCUACCAUUCCAUUCCAACAAGUCCAUAAAUUCAUAGAUGAAGACGACGAAGAUGAUGAAGAAAUCAAUGAAGAGAGAUUCAAUGAGACUGAUUUAUUAUUCCUCAAAGAGCUUAUGGAUAGCCCGAUCCUCUAUUCGUUAGUAAGGGUUCAUGAAAUCGAAGACGAUAUCCCAGUGACUCCCAAACCAGUAACAACCGAAGGCAAAGAUUUACUAAGAGAAGUACAAAUAAGGUGUAGUCUAUCGUGGAAUUUAGAUGCUAGAGAAUUGGGAACUUUGCUCAAUAGCCCAGAAAUCAAAACAUUGUUAGACUGUCACGACGAUAUAGCGAAAAUCUGUGAAAAUCCCAAACCUGAAGGAGACAAUUUUCCGAAAUUAUUUCCCAACGGAAUGACUGGAGAGGAGUACAGAAUGGUGGGGGUCCGGAAAAAACCGGGAGAACCCUUAGGCUUAACAGUACAAGUAGAUGACAAUGGAAACUUGACAAUAGCGAGAAUACUUGAAGGUGGUAUGAUCGAAAAACAAGGAUUACUUCACACCGGAGAUAUAAUUUUAGAGGUUAACGGAACUAAGGUUGCUUCUCCAGAAGACUUACAAACGGAAAUCGCAAAAACUAAAGAUCACGUGACCCUCAAAGUUCACAGCAAUUAUGGAAAUGGUGAAGUGACACAUUCGAACAUAGUAGUUGCUAACGGAAACAAUGGAAUUACAAAAAAAUUGACGUGUUACAUGAGAGCUUUAUAUCAAUACGACCCACAAGAAGAUACUCUACUGCCGUGUAAAGAAAUAGGUCUCCCCUUCGAUCGUGGAGAUAUCUUGCAGAUAGUGGAUCAACGUGACCCGAAUUGGUGGCAAGCGAAAAAAGUUGGAGGAGAUGGGACGACAGGCCUCAUCCCAUCUUUAGAACUAGAAGAAAGAAGAAAAGCCUUUGUGCCUCCGGAAGCAGACUUUGUACACACAAUAAGUAUUUGCGGGGCAAGAAUCUCUAAGAAAAAGAAAAAAAUCUCGUAUCAGUCUAAAAGUAAUUGUGAUUUUGAUAAAGCAGAAUUAUUACUCUAUGAAGAAGUCACGAAAAUGCCUCCGUUCAAAAGGAAAACUUUAGUAUUGAUUGGAACGCAAGGAGUUGGACGAAGAACAUUGAAAAAUAGGCUGAUUAAUAGCGAUCCUGAAAAAUUUGGAGCUGUUGUUCCAUUCACGACACGUCCUCCAAGAGUGUUGGAGGAAGCCGGACAAAGUUAUUGGUUUACCGAUAGAGAAACUAUGGAAGAAGAUAUCAGAAAUCACAAAUAUCUUGAAUAUGGAGAGUAUAACGGUCAUCUAUACGGGACUAACUUAGAUAGCAUCAGAGAUGUUAUUAAACAGGGAAAAAUGUGUGUCCUUGAUUGUAGUCCAAUGUCCUUAAAACUGCUUCACAACAGUUCAGAAUUUCUCCCUUACGUAAUUUUUAUAGCAGCACCUGGAAUGGAACAGCUUAAAACGUUGUAUGAUGUAGGAAGGAGUAACUCAAAUAUAAGACAAUCAAGUAGAAAUUUAACGUUUGAUCGACAAAGCUCAAUACGCUUUAGUUCGAGAAGAGCCAGAACAUUGGAAUCGUUAGCAUCCCUUUAUGAGGAAGAAGAUCUGAAAAGAACUUUAGAAGAAAGCGCCAGUUUACAAAGGGCGUAUGAUAAGUACAUAGAUUUAGUGAUUCCGAACAAUGAUUUUGAUACAACGUUUAGGGAAAUCAUCGAAGCCCUAGAAGCUCUUACAACUGAACAUCAAUGGGUACCGGUGAAUUGGAUUUAUUAAUAAUGUAUUGAAUGGAAAGCCACUCCAUUAGUGCUAGAUCAUUUUAGUACGAUAGCAAUCUCAUAGUUUAAUAGUAAGGUAUUAUUCACUCCAAAAAACUUGUUGACAUUCUAGAAAUAAGUAAAAUAUUGUUUUUGAUUUUUUAAAUUUACAUAGAAAUAAUAGAUAUUAAUUUUUAUCAAUUAUUUUUUAGAUAUAUGAGAGAUUAAACGGAUUUUUUGGAGUUGUUAACAACACUUUUACUGCCCACAUUUAGGCAAGCUCGCAAUUUUGCCUUAAAUACACUUUUCCUAAGAAGCAGCUUAUGCCUUAAAUUAGAGAUUAGAAAAAAUUGUACACUCUUGUUAUAUACAAAGUUGUAAAGAUAGUAUAUUCUUAAAUACAUUCUAUAUUUUAGGAAUAUUGCAAUUUAGAGUGAUAAAAAGUGAUACAGUACAAUAACUGACAGUGUAGAACAAUAAUUUUGAGAAGCUAUUGACAUGAGUUUUCGCAAAGCGUAAUAGACUAUUUGAGCAUCUUUUUAAAAACUGUUGUGUAUUUCUGAUAUAAUUAAUAAAAAUGUAUGCUGUAAUGGCGCUUGCCACGUGUCACCUGUGAUGUGACACGCUAGAAAACAAUUUGGGGGAAUGCUAUGAAGUGCUACAGUGUACAAAUAAGUCUAAAAAUAAUUCAAACUGUUUGUGUUCCAACGAAUUAUAAAAGAUCAAAUACGUUAAAGUGAUUUUGUGUGUUGAAAUCAUUUGAAUUUCUAAUUAGGAGAAUACAUAUUUACAAAAUUUGACCGCUAGUAUUUUUGAUUAAUUUUUGGAAAAUUCGUUUUAUAAAUAAUACAAGAAUACACUGCAGUUUUUGUACUGUGAUAUAAAAAUAUUUUAACGCAGUAUAGCGGCCUAAAUGUAAUUAUUGCGAGAUAUUUUUCGUUUUUUCUACUUCGUAUCUCACGUUUAUGGUACAAAAUAUCACUUACAUCGAAGUAGAUAAUACAUACUGUUUAAAUGUUGGACUUUAUUUGUAAAUAUAUCAAGAUUUUUUUGAAAAAAUUAGUAAUCUGUAUUCUUUUUAAAUUAUUCUUAUCAGCAGAUUAAAAUCUUGAUUUUAUUUUCAAUUUGAUUCCACAGUAGUUGUAUUAGUUAGAAUAUUUAGUUUUAUUCUAUAAGUUUUUACAACAAUAAUCUUAGGUACAUUAUAAGAUUAAUCUUUUAUUUUGUUACAUCAUAUUAUUUUAUAAUCCAAAUAAUAUUUUUAAUCUUACUAUUUCUUUAUGUUGAAGAACUUCAAAAGUUUCCGAUUGAAUAUAAAUUUCCACGGAAUAUUUGUGUUUGUCUUUCAAAUAGAUGUGCAAGAGGUGCCAACUAAUGAGCAAAUUUCAUACGCAUAUAAUAGGUUUACUCGAAAUGAUCUUCGUAUACUUGAUUUAGAGAAAAACCAAUGAACUAACAUAUUGUAUCCAAUUUUGAAAAUGCUUCAUAAUGUUAUGUCUCAUUUAAAGGAAAUAUGUUUUAAAUGAGUUGGUUUACUUUGUUGAAAUUUAAAAUGGAUAAAAUAGAUUGAUUCAGAGGCAACAUUUUAUAUAUUCUGAAGGGCAUUAACAUUAUUUAUUUUAUUAAUGAAAAAAUUACCUUUUUCAGUUAAAUUUGGUUAUAAAAUUUUUUAAGGACGCUUUGCUGCGUCAACUUUUCUAUAAAUCUAUGUGCUCCCCAUUAGUUGCAGGAUAUUCUAUAUUAUGUAUAGCUAUUUUACAUAAAAGUUAUACAAUAAAAGGUUGCUUUUGAAAUUCUUCUUCUUUAAACGGCGCUACGGUCAUUUGAGAACCAAGACCUUCUCAACAAUCGACUGCCAAUUCUUUCUGUACUGAGCAUGGUGCCUCCAACUUCGAACCCCUAGCUGGAUCAGAUCCGCCUCAACAUCCUCCAACCAGUGAAAGCGCGGUCUUCGUCUCAGUGGACUUCCUUCAGGAAGUCUAUACAUUGCUCUGCGCGGGUAUCGAUCAAAAGGCUUUUGAUAUUCAGUCUAAUAUUGAAUCUUAAUUAUUGUUUACGAUACUUUCAAACUGCAAUUCAACACAAUGGCUUUCUUCAUAAAUUUGAAGCAAAUACAUAUUUAUUUGGUAAAUAGUUUCAAUGUCAUGUCAGAAUAUAUACAUGAAAAUAUGUUAACAUGGCAAUGCGUCUGAAAUUAUAAGUUAAUUGUAUGUGUGUGUUUUUAUUGACUUUUUAGGUAUCCUCAAUUUUUCAUGAAAGAGCUUUGGUAAUAUCUAUUCUACCAAUAGGUUUUGGUAGCAAAAGUUUUCUAUUCUAUUUUCUUUAUUAAUUUUGAUGAUAUGAGCAAUACAAAAGUGAAAUAAAACUUGUAUGAGCUCGAUAGAAGUGAGAAGCUAUCACACUUGCUGGUUUUAGUCGAGGCUACCAAGGUUUUCACUUCCGAUUUCCAUGAACCUGCAUCGAUUUUAAUGAAAUUUUGACAGCAUGUAGGGAAUACUUCAAAAAGCAAAAUCUAUCUUACACCGAUGUGUGCUUUUGCACUAGGGAUAAAAAUUUUUAUGUUGAAAAUAAACACGAAACGCUGUUAGCAUUUUUUUUUUUGAAAAAUCAGUAGUUUUUUAGUUAUGCGGAAAAAAAACUACGUUUUUGAUCGAAUUUUCAUGAAUAACUCGAAAAUUUUUGAUUUUAUCAGAAAAAGUGUAAUAAACAAAAAUGAAGGUUAUAAAAAAACAAACAGUUUGAUUUUUUUAUAUUUGUUUUAGGCAUAAUACAAACCGCGUUAUCAUUUAUUGAAGGUUGAAUAUAUUUAUCGAACGAAUAUUUUUUAAAAUUCAACGUCGAGUAACGGAAAAACUGUCAACUUUUCGUGGUUUUAUCUUUUUCAAAGUACUUUAAAAAAGCUUCAAAUUGAACGAUAGUAGAACUCUCUAGCAUAAAAACUAAGAACGUUAUGGCUGAAAUAAAAUCGAUUUAUAUUUUUUUUGUACAAAAAAAAAAAACAUCAAUUUCACCUUUAGCAAUAGUACCCAAGCUGCAAUAAAAAUAUAAUCAAGUAAUGAUUCACUAUUCAAUGAUUCAAUGAUAAGUUUAAACGAUUUAGUAUGCAUAAUUUCGAAAAAAAAUUCUGAAAAACUAUAGGAUAUACAUCAAAAUUGAUAGGGAACAAAAAGUUAGUACUUUUUUUUAAUUUUUUGUAACUUCUAAAAUAACUGAGAUAUGACUUUACAAAUCAUACCCUAAUAUAUGACGGAUACCAAUUUCGAACCUUUUAAACGUUGCCCUUUAAAAAAUAGAUGCCUGAAGAAAUUUAAAACCUUUAUAAACUUCUAUGCUAUAAAAUUCUCUACAAAUCUACGUUUUGAGCGACUAAUUUGCUUGAAAAUUAAUCGAGAUAUGGCCAAAAAACUAAAUACACUUUUUUUAAAAUUUUGGACCAAGUAUAUUUUGGAGUAAAAGUGAAAGAAUAUAAAUGAUAUUUUCUUUUUUUGUUGAACAUUUUAAAUACAAAAUAUUCGAGUUAAAAGAGAUAAAAAAAUGACAAUUUGAAAUAAAUAAAUAAAAAAAUUAUAUUUGUAAGUAUUUUAUUUUUCCGAAAUAGGGAUUGAUUUAUAUUGAAAAUUGUAACUACGAAAGAUUCAAGUCAAAACAGAUGAAAAGAUGUCCAUUUAAAAUUAAUAAAUCAUCAAAAAGAAUAAAUAUAUAGACGUAUUUAUUUUUAAUUUUUUUCAAUAUAUUUAUAAGGGUUGAACAUUUGGGAUGCAAAAUAUUUGAAUUGAACACAAACAAAAAAAGUCAAUUUAAUAUAAGUAAGCUACCACAAGGUAAUAAAAUAUUUUUUUUUAAUUUUAUAUUAACCAGGGGCGCUUUAUAAUGGAUGAAAUACAUCAAGCAGAGUUGAAAAAUUAUAAAUAAUGUAUUAAAACUUAAACAACUUUUAUUCAAACCUUAAAAGUAGUUUUCUACUAAUUAUACGCUUAUACUUAUAAUUUUGUUUAUUUACAUUUAUUAAAAGGUAGUUUCCACCUCUAAAAGUAAUAAGCACAUUGAGGUAUAGGAUAGAUUUUGAAGAUAAGGGUAAGUUAAGCUUAAUUCCAAAUUUUCAUGGGUAAUAUUUCAUUUUUUCCUUGGUAGCCUGGACUAUUUAUAUAGAUAUAGAAUUUUUUAUGUAUAUUUAGUAUUAGUAAAGAAAACUCUUUUCCAUCGUGUGCAGUUAAUAUGAGACUGUAUUCUAAAUUGUUAUUUUCCUUCUGUAAAAAAUUUUAUCGCAAAAUUUAUUUCACAUAAUUGAUUUAUAUGUAUUUUUACUUAUUUUACACCGUCCAUAUUUAUUAUUCAGGCGGCGUGUUAAGGAUUUAACAUUUUGUCUGAACAUUUUUAAUAUUUUUUUAGUUGAUAAUUUUUUCAAAUUUUAUUUUACCUGUUUAUCUCAAGCUUAUAUAAAAUAAACUAAAUUGAAAAUUA